UUAUGCAAAUGCAAACUCGUUCCGCGGAUGAGCCCAUGACCACGUUCUAUAAGUGUUGUAAUCCUAUCUGUGGGCACAAUUGGCGGGAUUAGAUAUCAAACCGAUAUCAAGUGCUAGUAUUAGACAUAUGUGCGUAGCGGCAUCCACUAUGAAAGGAUUCGUAACAGGCAGUGUGAUAAGAAUCAAUGACGAUAAUGCAAUUCAGCAGGCUGCUAACCUGCUCGAAGCGGGUUAUGUCAUUGCUUUGCCAACAGACACAGUCUACGGGUUAGCAUGUAGUGCCAAUGAUCCCAAAGCAAUUCAACGGUUAUAUGAAAUCAAAGGACGAGAGGAGACUAAACCGGUUGCAAUUUGUGUUGCCGAGUUUCAGGACCUACGGCGUUGGGGUCAAGCGGAUCAUCUUGCCAAUGAACUACUCGGUCAAUUGUUGCCGGGAGCGGUUACCGUUGUUGUUAGCAAGUCCAUCAAUUUGGACAACCCAUUCCUGAAUCCAGGUAUUAAAAAAAUUGGUAUCAGAAUUCCCGAUUUCGAUUUUAUUAGAAACGUGUCAAAAGCUUUCCCGUUUCCGAUUGCUUUAACCAGCGCUAACAAGAGCUCGGAAAAAAGUACGCUGAAUGUUCAUGAAUUCAAAAAACUUUGGCCGUCUUUGGGAGCGACUUUUGACGGCGGACAGCUAGGUUUGCAGGAAGAGCAACGCGCUGCAUCAACCGUGAUUGAUCUUUCGCGGAAAGGAUACUAUAAGGUAAUACGCGAGGGUGUAGCCGGACAGCAUACUGUUCGUAUUGUAGAGCAGUUUGGAUUUCGGGAGCGUUCCACUUUUAUAAAUACAUAGUCAUUACUUAA